GAUGAGAAGAGGUGCGGCGCUUCAACUUCAAAUAGGUAGUGUCAAAACAGUGCCAGUCACCAUCUGACACCUGCGAAAGAACCUGUAGCGACAGACUUGGAGCUUUUCUUUUCUUUUCCUAUUUGAAUCAUUUACUUUGUUCUGCACUGGGGAUAUACAGGAAGAGACCACCGCAGAUUUCACUUUUGCACUCAGAUUGUUCUUCCCGUCUCUCUCAGCAUGGCUUCAACAACCUGCACCAGGUUUACCGACGAAUAUCAGCUGUACGAAGAACUGGGAAAGGGAGCCUUUUCUGUGGUUAGAAGAUGCAUGAAAAUCUCAACUGGUCAGGAAUAUGCUGCCAAAAUCAUCAACACGAAGAAGCUGUCUGCCAGGGAUCACCAAAAGCUGGAACGAGAGGCCCGAAUUUGUCGCCUGCUCAAGCAUCCCAACAUUGUGCGGCUCCAUGACAGCAUAUCGGAAGAGGGAGUCCACUACCUUGUCUUUGAUUUAGUCACGGGAGGAGAACUGUUUGAAGAUAUUGUUGCCAGAGAAUACUACAGUGAGGCAGAUGCCAGUCACUGCAUACAGCAGAUUCUAGAGAGUGUUAAUCAUUGUCACCUAAAUGGCAUUGUACAUCGAGAUCUGAAGCCAGAGAAUCUUCUUUUAGCCAGUAAACUUAAAGGAGCGGCGGUGAAACUGGCUGAUUUUGGGCUGGCCAUCGAGGUACAGGGAGACCAACAAGCAUGGUUUGGUUUUGCUGGAACUCCCGGUUAUUUGUCUCCUGAGGUGCUGCGGAAGGAGCCGUAUGGCAAACCAGUGGACAUGUGGGCAUGUGGUGUGAUUCUUUACAUUCUUCUGGUGGGUUACCCUCCAUUCUGGGAUGAAGACCAACACCGACUUUACCAGCAGAUCAAAGCUGGUGCUUAUGAUUUUCCUUCUCCUGAGUGGGACACAGUGACUCCAGAGGCCAAAGAUCUGAUCAACAAGAUGUUGACUAUAAACCCUGCUAAACGUAUCACAGCCGCUGAAGCGCUCAAACACCCCUGGAUCUGUCAACGUUCCACCGUGGCGUCUAUGAUGCACAGACAGGAGACUGUAGAAUGCCUGAAGAAGUUCAACGCCAGGAGAAAACUUAAGGGAGCUAUCCUCACCACCAUGCUUGCUACACGGAACUUCUCAAGCAAGAAUCCAUACAAGAAGCCCGAUGGUGUUAAGAUCAACAACAAAACCAACUUGGUCACCAGUCCUAAAGAGCCAGUCCCCUCACCUGCUCUGGAGCCUCAAACUACUGUUAUCCACAAUCCAACUGAUGGAAACAAGGAAUCGUCAGAGAGUGUCAACACCACUAUUGAAGAUGAAGACAUUAAAGCCAGGAAACAGGAGAUCAUUAAAGUCACAGAGCUGCUGAUCGAAGCCAUUAAUGGUGGAGAUUUUGAAGCGUACACGAAGAUCUGUGAUCCCGGGCUGACCUCUUUUGAACCAGAAGCUUUGGGAAACCUCGUGGAGGGGACAGAUUUCCACAGGUUCUACUUUGAAAACUCUCUCUCCAAAGGCCACAAACCCAUCCAUACUAUCUUGCUGAAUCCUCAUGUGCACCUGAUCGGUGAGGAUGCUGCGUGCAUCGCUUAUAUACGGCUCACCCAGUACAUGGAUGCCAACAGUAUGCCUCGCACCAUGCAGUCAGAGGAAACCCGUGUCUGGCACCGUCGUGAUGGCAAAUGGCAGAACAUCCACUUCCACCGGUCUGGCUCGCCAACUGUGCCCACCAAGUGAGUUCAAAAGGCCUCCAGAGCCCAGCUGCUGAAAUCAAGACAUCAACUGAGCUUCAACAAGUGUCUGCCACACCACAACCAUUUACUUCACUGUUUGAUCUACUGUAUCAGAGUCUUGUUUACAUAUUGUUAAUGCUGGAUUAUAGAAUGGAAAGGGAUGGAGAAUCAUUUCAUAUCAGGAUGUGGUGUGUAUGGGCGUGCGUGCCUGUGUGUGCAUUUAUAUGUAUUGAGUAUGCUGUUUACACACUAUACUCAUUAUGUGGAAUGCAUGUUCUUACUAAGUACUUUAAUCUUUUUUUAAGCGGUUACAUGUUUGUAUAACAUAAACAUUGUGAAACCAUGUGUUGGUAAACUGUGUUGUUUGGGUAAAAGGAUAUAUUUUGAUUGAUAAUUCAAAUUUUGUUUUACAUGUAAUCACAGGGAUAAAAUGAGAGAAUGCCAAGUUGUAAAGUAUAUGAAAAAAAGCCAAAAAAAUUGUGUGCAUAUAUGAUCUAAGAAUUUUUUGCAUUAUAAAAGCAACAUUAGUAAUCCAAGUUAGACAUCUAUAAUUGUCUAGCAAACCAUGGAGUUUACAAAAUACUGUAGUUAUUUUGUGCUUUUCUAAAUUUUUAUCAAAGAAUAUAAUAGGAGAGAAUUGACUGAUUACUUCAAAUGACAAAAAUGGGCUUGCUUGUGAUUUUCAGUGAUGUAUAAACCUUUGUGAAGUUACGUGAAGUGCUAUUCUUGCUUUACACUUUGGAGUAUUAACGGUUUAAUGUUAGCGUAAUUAGGAGCAUUGUGCUAUUUUAUGGACUAGUUCUUAGCACCAAAAAACUGACAAGAGGAACAGCUUAGCUAGUGUUUUGUUAUUUCAAAUGUAUUUUGCUCACAAAGUAUCAUUUUGGACAACUUAAUACUUGUAAUGGGAAAAUAAUGUUACAUAACUCAUACUGUACAAUAUGUGCUAAUACACUCAUUCUGAGAAACACAAAUGGCUGGUAAAGCCAAACAUAUGCCCUAUUCCAAAACCUAGUGAGCUGCCUACAGAGGAGGCAUUAUAAGGCGUCUUAAUUAUGCUGCCUCCUAAGAUGCAUUGUUUGGACCAGAUUCAAAGGCAGCAUCAUAUGGACCCUUCACAGAAAAGAUAAUGCCAGAAUGCAUUGUGACAAGGUCAGUGAAAAAUAAAUCCAGGAUGGCAGACGAGGCGAGAGAAAUGUGAAUAUACUUUACAUGAUAUAUUUCAUUCAGUACUGAAAUCUAGUGAUUAAGAAUAUUUGUUCACUGUAAUUAAAAUGUAUUAUUUGAUCCAAUAUUUCUGUGUGCUAUUUAUUUUAUACUUAUUUUAGCAGGAGUUUUCAACCUGAGGGGCGCAAGAUUGCGGGGUAUGAAGGUAAAAUAGUGCCUAAAUGAUUUGCAUGUGCAGGAUGAGGUUUGUGAAAGCGUAAAUCAAAUUGCAAGCGAAUUUUGUUUUGCAUGCUCACAGAACGUUUUGUAAAGGUGUAAAUCAAGUUGCAAGCGUAAGAAUUUUUUUUUAACACAGUAAAUGUGGUCUGUAUUCUUCUGACUUUUAUUUUGCGCUUACACUUUUGGCACUGUUUUAUGCGCAUAAACAUGGCCAAAAACAUUGCAAACUUGCGAUAUGCAAGCAAAGAAAGGGUGUUAUGAACAGCAAAACGGGUUGACCGCGUAGAAUCGGUUUGUAUGUGUUAAUAUUUACGAGAGGAGAAAUGCCCAAAUGAACGACGCUUAGCCAUAUGAAGAACAAUCAGUCUGUCACGUUAUUAAACCAAUCAGGUCAAGUAAAACCUCAUUUGAUUGGUUACUAGAAACAGGUAGACCCGCCUCCCCCACUUGCAAAACUAUUCUUCAGCCAAAAGUGAGAGCAACAAAAGGGAAAACGGAACAGUGUGUAUCUGAUUAUUUCUGGAAAAUAUUUAUGCAGCAAAAACAAGUCAUUUACACAUUUGCAGUAGUUUAUUUUACACAUACAGACCGAUUCUACGCGGUCAAUCCAUUUUGCUGUUCAUGACACCGUUUCUGUGCUUGCAUAUCACUGAUUGCAGGUUUGCAAUGUUUUUGGUCAUGUUUAGGCGAAAAAACAUUAUCAAAAGACCAGGCGGCAUAUGUCCUGAAAGGUUGGAAACUCCGGUAUUAAAGAAUCACACAUGUAGCUUAGCAAAAAGCUAACACCAGAUGCUAUUAAAAUCAAUUGCAAGUCACUUUAUGGAGUGCAUGGGAAUUUAAAAUUGGUCACUUUAGUUUCCAUGACUGUUUGCCAAGUUAUUCAAGUCAGCUCACUAGGUUUUUGAACUGAGUUAUAGUUAAUUUUCUUCAUUUUUAAUUCCUAAUCCGCGAAUAAACUGAAAUUUACAGUUGUGUUGUGGUAACUUCUUAAUACUUGUGCAUAUAGUCUUACUUAAGACCUUAUUCACGGUAGCGCCAUCUUUGAUUUUUGAUGGGAAUGACAACGAGGCUGUGAGGGAUAGUCAUACGGUCUCUUCAAUGGCACGCACGGUAUAAAGCUACAAAAACUCCUAGAUCACAUCUGAUUUUCCACAACUCAUGUUGCCUGGAGUUUUUUUUUUUGAUUACUUAAUGUUAUUGUUUUUUCAAUGUUCUGUCCAUGAAAUUAUCCAAAAACUCUUUUAAACUGCAGUGCAACCUAUUAAAGAGACUGUACGUCAUUCCCAUCAAAAAUCAAAUAUGGCUGCUGUGAAUAAGGUCUAUGCUACUCAUUGGAGUUUGCAGUAAUCUGAGGAAAACCACGGCGGACAGCUUCAGUUCUUAUAUUGAGUAACAUGACUUUCCAUUCUUUGUCAUCUCUAAGCUCAUUUACUUUGAAUACUUACUCAAAAUGUAUUAUUCAAAACCAAUGCCCCAUCUCUUAUGGCAGCCAAGCAAAAUCCCCUUUUGAAGAUCUACAUAAACAAAUCCAUCUUUUGUACUGUAGUAGCACAAAUGCAAUGUUUGGUUAAAUCAUGGAGAGUGAAACAUAUGUUAAAUACAUGUACAGUUUAUUAUAAGUACUCACUGCAGCUGCUGUUUUCGUUCAUUUUUUGUUUUCGCCAUUAAUACAUGCCAUAUGCUGCCAUCGGCACGGAAUAUGCUUCACAAAAUUUCUGAUUUUUGUUUAAUUUUUUUUCUUAUUUUGGACUACAAAGUGAACAGUGUAUAGACUGAAUAAUCCACGGUUAGCCCAAACCAGUUCUGAAUUCUGAAUCAAAUUCUGUCAAGUGUGCAUGCUAUCGUCCGUUACAAAGAAAGCAGAUUAUUAUUCUAUGCACUAUGAUAACUGGGCACAAUA